ACCAGGACCUGUGAGGGGUCGACGAGGCGCAAGAGAAGGAGACGGACGUGGACGACAGGGAUCGAGCACAGCCGGUACGAGCCAUGUCUCGCUGGGACUGACACGCGAGUCCACUGGGGUUUGAGCACCGAGAGGCGGCGAGCAGCUGUUCCGGUGACCGGCAGGCGUGACAACCACGACGACGACGACGACGACGACGACGACGACGACGAGGACGAGGCAGAGGGGAAGAAGGAGCACCACCACCACCGCAGCGCCCACGGCAGCACAAACGCUCGCACAUCCAGUACGAUGCCACGUGUGAAGAGGCAAGUGAUGCUGGAGGAUCUGGCCAGGCCUGUCACGCCUGACAUGGUCGAGACGAAAUUAGUUAAAACGGAAUUCAUCGAUAUCGAUGAAUUAACGUACGACGAAAUACAACCGCAGAAAAUUGCCGAAGAAACACCGAGUCCUCAUCUGCAGGACCAUCAAUACGGUCAAACUCCUUGUUAUCAGGUGUCGAGAAGGCCUAUGCAACCACCACCUCGAGCCGAAAUAUCGGUUCAGGCAGUUAAAAGAAGACUGAACUUGGAAGUAGGACCGAGUCAAUCCACCUUUAAAACUCCAAAAGGAAAACGUAGAAGAUCGGGUUCAAAUUCACUAACAGGACACAAUUCUACAAAAAGUAAAUCAUUAGAAAGGACGCGAUAUGAUACGUCGUUGAGUUUACUUACCAAAAAAUUUAUAAAUCUAGUAGAGGACAGUAACGAUGGCGUAGUAGACUUAAAUGUUGCUUCGGAAAGGUUGGAAGUUCAAAAACGUCGCAUAUACGAUAUAACGAACGUCUUGGAAGGAAUCGGUAUACUCGAGAAAAAAAGUAAAAAUAAUAUCCAGUGGAAGGGCGGUUGCCUUCCUAGCAAUCAAAGUGAUAUUCUCGAUUUACGAAGAGAAGUGUCAGAUUUGGAGGCGAAGGAAAAUGCUUUAGACAGACUGAUUCACGGAGCGCAAAAAGAGCUUAACGAAUUCACAAAUGAUAGAACGUACGCCUACGUAACGUAUCAUGACUUACGCUCAGUGGCAUCGUACAAAGAUCAGUCCAUAAUGGCUGUAAAAGCGCCACCAGAAGCCACUCUACACGUUCCUCAACCGAUUAAUAAUUUCGGCCAACCCAAGCUUCAAAUACAUAUGAGGUCAACACAUGGUGAAAUAGAAGUGUUCUUGUGUCCGGACGAUCCAGGAACAAAGGCGCCUUUACCUUCGGGUUAUACAACAACGAUGAAUACGAAUACGACAACGACGCCGCAAUCUCCUGUGUCAAAGCCCUCGACAACAUCAUCAAUACCGUCUGAAUUCUUAAUACACAAUUCCGGUGAUGUGAAGGUAGAGCCAGUACCUACGACAGAAGAUUGUUUAUCAUCCGGGCAGACCUUGCUCUCUGCACUUUCCUCAGCGGGAAUGAGAGACGCACUUCUUUGCGAAUCGGAUGAUUUCGGUCUCAUGGGUGGUGGCAGACUUCAAUUGCAAACCGAAGAUCAACAUUUGCCUGCAGACUUGAGUAUUCUCGACUUUGGAGAGUCUCUGCUUUCAUUGGAGCCACCUCUUUCAGAAAGCGACUAUUCAUUUUCACUGGGCACAGAAGAAGGUCUCUCAGAUCUCUUUGAUUUACGAUUUUAACUUAUUGGUAUUGCUAAGACAAUAUUUGCACCAAAUUUUUAUUUAAAGUUUGGUUCGUAUCCAAGGGAGUACAUUUUACUUACCAUGGAACAUAACUUUGUACUUAGUGGUACCUGUCCAAGACUCAACACAGUCAUUGUCGUUAAUCUGUUUCUUCUCAGUUUCUAUGGACAUCACAGAAGGCACUCAAGAUUCUGAUAAACUAAUUUUUCUCAAGUUACAUUUAAAAGACAAAGAAAAAUUAAUGAAAAAGCAGAAAAAAAUAGUAAACGUCAAAGUACACAUAUCACACACGUUGGUAGUACAAUGUACAAGUUUUUCGAUGGAUUUAGUUCGCCGUUAACGGGAAUUAAGUUAUUAAUUAAUUGUGGGACUAAUUGCAAGCCUUCGUAAUGCAGCGAACGACGCCAAGGGCUAUUUUCGUGCAAUUUAGAUUUGUGUAUAAUAGUGCGUUUGAAAGUUGCUCGUGUGUCCGAAACAGUACCAGCAUGAAGGAAUGCAGGAAGCGAGACUCUUAGAAUAUAUUGUUCUAGAUUGUAUACUAUACCUUUUUGCAUUGAUCAACAGUUUGCAAAGCAUCUUAGAUCUGAAUUUGUAAUAUAUUAUUUCGUUAAAUGUAAGCGCCUAAGUUUGUAGUAUGGACUCAUUGGAUCUAAGACUUUGUAAUGCAAAACUAAGCCAGCAGAAUCGUAUAAAAAAAAA